AUGGGCAUACCGUUAACGGUUCCUCAGGACCUCUUAGGCAGCGACACCGACGCCCGGCCAGUCAACUGGGAUGCCGUGCAUGCUUUCUUCGCGUUGAACCUAAUAUCCGGGUUCGGCCUGGUCAUUGUGCUCCUCACAGCAAUAUUCAGCAGCAAAGUGAAGCGAAUGCCAACAUGGUACAACUUCUGCGCCUCCUGGGUGCUUUCGUGCUUCUCCUACUCCCUCCUGUUCUUCGCGCGACAACAUAAGCUUCCCCAUCCGAAUUUCCAGCUAUGUUAUAUCCAGACCGGGCUCAUCUACGCCCUCCCUCCGACGACGAGCUGUACAACCCUCGCGCUCCUCGUACAGCUACUUAUGAGUUUUCCGGAGUCGAAGUCGCAAAUGCCUACGAAGACGUCUAUACGAACAUCAUGUCUGCUCCUCAUCGGUCCAUACACAAUUUUCAUUGUCCUUUUUAUUGGCGUUGCAUUAUAUACCAGCCAAGAUCCUAUCUCAUUACUGAAUGACCGUCGCACGUACUGUCAUUCCAGCAAUAGUUCCUGGUCCCGUAUCGCAUAUGCGGUUGUCGCUACCGUGUCGGUCGCGAGCGUGCUCGUUCAGUCCAACCUUGCCCUCCGUCUAUAUAUGAACCCGCAGAUUAUGCGGCAGAACUCGCACUCGGUUGCCACGAUGCUUCGGGUUCUUGUUUUCGCCCUUCUUGGUGUCGUAAUGGCCAUUGUGGCAAUCGUAUUCGCCAUCACAGGCGAGCAGGACCUCCCUCUCGAUAUCGUUCUUUCUAUCAUUCCAUUCCUUGCCCUCCUAGUAUUCGGAACUCAAAAGGACUUGAUUCAGGCUUGGCUUUUCUGGAAACAGCCUCAUUCUAGAGCAGAAGAACGCGAGUCCCGGAUUUUUGGUCCUCGGGAGUCGCAAGUGGUCAAUGUGUAA